UUCAAGCCUGCCUCCCCUAUCCCUCUCUCCUACAUCCAAGCGCGUAGCGGCCGACAAUCGCUCCUCUGUUCGGCGUUCCAGACAGCCAGCGCCAGUGCAUAGCAGACGAGUAGAUGAAUAUAAUAAUAGCGAUAAAUAUGUUGGUAUAAAAUGUAACUAGAGGCGGGGGCAUGCUGGGGUGUCCUGCGGGCUUGACUAUGCAAAUAGCCGUAGAGGCUUUAGUGUGAUGCUGCGACGUGACCACCGGCGGAUCUUGUUUGGCGCGUGCUCGCCCGAGGGCGAUUCCUCAAGGUAGCUGGCGAUCUGCUGGCUGACAUCCAUGGCAGUGCUUUUCCGCGGCUCUGCUUGGCGGCUGCUCAUCAUGGGCCGUGGCAGAGGCAGCAGCAGUGGUGCUGGCGGUGGUGUGCUGCGGAUCGACCGCGCACGGAGCUCGACUGUAUGGCAAAAGAAGCAAUCACAAGAUGUGUGGCAUGCGCACUGGCACGCGUGCUCCUGGCUCAGGCAGCAUUCGCUGUCUUCCCAUCCGCGGCAUUUCUGGCAACCCAUGGCGUGUGGUAAUAGUAAAGUACAGGUGGGUGAUAGCAAGGAAAGAUUUGUUUGUUUUGCUUGUGAGGAAUUGGUGAAUGGCCAAAAGAGAAUGUACGAAGGCACGCGGGGAGAGCUGAAAGCGUGGAGGGGAGGGGGUGCGCUGCGGUUUAUAUAUAUCCUCAAAGGGCCUGUCAGGUACCCGUAUAAGCUGCGCUGGGGCGACCAAACGGCGGUUUGUUGUGAUGUUUUCCUUUUUGCAUCGAGCACAGCUCUGAUUGUGUACCAGAAUAGCUUUUUGGAUGCUGUUUGCUACAUACUCGCUCUGGAGAUGCGCUCGGGACAAACACAGCAAGGCUUUAGCCUCAUUUGGUGAAUUGGCUACAAUUAUCCUCCCUAGCAGCACCUAUUGUUACCCUCACCCACCACCCCCGGCGCGCUGAGAAUCCCCUCUAUUAUUCUAUGUUUACCACAUCCCUCCU